AUGUACGGCGAAGCAGCAAAUAAGCUGGUCCAAAACGCAAAGCGCACCCUUGCCCUUCCUCACCUCCCGCCCUACGCCUCAGAACUUACACGCUCUAUUGUACGCGAGGUACGCGACUUGGAUAAGGACGUAUCCUCCAUUCUUGCUCCUUACAGUGGCUCCUUCAAUCCCAGCGCCUCACCCGAAACCGCUUGUGCACUCCUUGUCAACCAUCUCUGCAUGCGCCGCAACAAGCGAUGUCUAUUGGCGUACCACCGGGUCCGCAGUGAUAAAUUGGAGGAGUAUUGUUGGGAGGGAAUUGACGUGCUCGAGCAACAGGGUAGCAAAGACCACGCCACAGAAGCCACGAGGGGAAGCGCCCUGGGUACCGGGGGCGGAAGAGAGGAAAGUAGUCUGAGCCCAGAAGAGGAGGAAUACGUAAGACAGUACAGUGACCUUCUCGCGGCAUACAAGGGCCAAUGGACGGAUAUAGAUCUAACAGGAAGCCUGGAGCCGCCACGCGAUCUUUUCAUUGACGUCCGAGUGCUCAAGGAUGCCGGUGAGAUACAGACCGAGUACGGCUCAAUAACCCUGACCAAAAAUUCCCAAUUCUACGUCCGCCAAGGUGAUGUCGAACGCUUGAUCGCACAGGGAUACCUUCAACGCCUGAGCUAA